CGAUGGCCGUCGGCCCAAGUCGAAGAGGACAGCAUGGCGUUCACUUUUGCCGUCAUAGGCUCGACGAUAGCCUCGACGCUCCUCAGACUCGGCGGCUUCUUCUUCCUCCGAUGGUUCCCCGGUCACAUCUUUGCGACUGCCUUGCCGACGCUCUACGUCGCUUAUCUCCUCACCUAUCUCGAUCUCAACACGCUCAUCGUCGCAGUCGAGCAAGACAGUCAGAUCUUCAUGGAAGAUCACGCAGAGCGCGCUGCAGAUAGAUUAUUGCAAGGCAAAGAGGCCGUCGUCAAAUCUGAGGACAUUGCUGCCAAUGCGCCCGCACCUGCCAGUGACAAGCCUGGCGCACCUUCAUAUAGCUCCGUCGCUGCGAAUGGAAAGACAGCAAAGGGAAAGCCUGGUAAAGCGAAGAACGGCAGCUCAAAGCUUGAUCCAAAGCCAGAGAAUCCACUGACGAGCAGCAGACCCUCGGCUGCUUCAUUGCUCAGAAUGCAAAAGCAGGCUAGUACGCUUGCUACACCGGGUCCGAUCAGCUUCAUACUCGGAAGAUGUACACGAUCUCGCGUGUUCAAUCGGUUCUCGCUGGCCAUAAAUACCGCCAUCCUACUCAUGGUCAUCGAUUUCGUCUACACGCCCGUCUUCUUCAUAGACCACAACGAUCUUGCAUUUGCUCGAGCAGGCGCAGUGGGCGAUACUUGGGUCAAGCUUUCCACACGAGUACCGCCCCUCGCCGCCCAUGCGCCUAUCACGGCGAGCGCUGCACAUUUUGCGUCUGGCUUGAGCAGCACGGCGAAGAAAUACGCAUCAAAGCUAAGCAUGUCGGGUGACUCCGGCUUGGAGCCUCUUGCAGAUCAUCUGCUCGAUCAUAGCUUCUUGCACAAGCUCAAUGCGACCAUCUCUGAGCCUUUUGCAGCUGUACCCAUCCUGCCCAGAGCCAAGAGCCUACCGAGUCUCGACAGGCUCGCCGAGCUAGCAGAAGACGGCAAACACGGCAUUGCAAGGAUACUGUACAGGCCCACGCGACCCUCUGGACGAUGGCAAGAAGGGCCUGUAGUGCAGAGCACUGCAGACGCAGACUACAUGAGCACCGUCAGGCUCUCGAACCUAUCGCCCGCCACUGAAUACGAGUACAAGCUCGUAUCUGCAGUCGAUGGCGAUAUCUUGCCCUCCUUCGGUGAAAAAGUUCAAAUGUUCAAGACUUUCCCUUCGCCGAGACUAGCAGCGGGCGCAUCCCACUUCACCUUUGCAGCCAGCUCUUGCAUCAUACCGGGAUGGCCAUAUGUACCCUUUGGCGAUCAUCUAUCCGUCAAAGGCGCACGUUAUCUCAGCUCUGCAAUCGAGAGCGAGAAUGUCGACUUUGCUCUGCUUAUGGGCGACUUUAUCUAUGCUGACACGCCGUACCGAGGUCGAUCGAAGGGCACGAAACGCGAUUAUUUCAUGCGCAAGUAUCGUCAAACGUACGCCUCUGAGGACAUGCGCAAAGUGUACGAGCGCGUGCCCAUCAUCAAUGUCUACGAUGAUCACGAGAUUGCUAAUGACUACGCCGGCGAAUCAAAGGACACGCCGCACUUCCAGGAUGCCAAUCACGCUUAUGUUGCCUACAACGGCGAGCCGAACUACGAUACCGUUUCUGAUGCAUCCAGUCUGCUAAACAGCGAUGCUGAGAAAUCCAACUACUACUGGUUCAGACACGGCGAUGCUGCAUUCUUCGUCCUUGACGCGCGUAGGUAUAGAUCUGCCAACGAGGCAGAAGACGACGAGCAAAAGACGAUGCUAGGCGAGAAGCAGAAGCGCGUUUUCAAAGAAUGGCUUACUGCAGUCAACUCGACCGUCACAUUCAAAUUUGUCGUGACGAGCACGCCUUUCAUGACCUUGUGGGGCGGCAUCAAUGGAUUGCCUCGUAUCGCUCCUGAUAGCGCCGACGAUACUUGGCGAGGAUUCCAGACCGAGCGUACGGAGCUGAUGGAUUUGCUCGAGUUUGUGCCAAAUGUAAUUAUCUUGUCCGGCGAUCGACACGAAUUUGCUGCCGCCACAAUUCGCAACAAGGUUGUCGAAUUCUCUGUUUCGCCGCUUAAUCAGUUCUAUCUGCCUAUCAGAACGCUAAGCCCCAAGCAUGGCCUCGGAGCAACGGGUGAAGACUUUUUGCUCAAAUACAUACCGAAUGGAAACCACAAGUUCGUCACGAUGGAAGUUGACACUCGGACGGCAAAUCUGCCUAUCGUCAACAUGAAGCUCUUUGUAGACGGCAAGGAGGCUUGGAAGCUACAAGUGCAAGGAAAAGCUGUUCACGCAAGCAGGACGUCAAUCGGCGUCGCCUAUUCGAUCUUCUCGCUGCUCGGACUGAGAAGACCCAGCUGGCUUUGGUAGAUGAACACUGUUGUACACAUUAACACUUGUCACAACACAUUCACUACCACAUAGCACCUGAUAACAUG